UUUCUGUGUUAUAUUCCUCCUAUUCCUCCACCAGCUUUAACACGCCCCACACCAUCACCACCACCACAACGACCACCUCCUUCUCAGGCGCCGCCCAGGCUAUCUAUCAAGUUAAAAGGACUCCCACUUGUCUUCAUCACCCGCUGCGGAUGUUUCCUUCCAGCAACCGUUCUAACCCUUUCCGCUACAUCGAUGAUGAAAACCCUAACUCAGGAGAGGACCAACCACCCUCAUCCUUCCUACACUUCCCUGCCGCAUUUCUUGAUGACUAUGAACUGCUUCCAACUAACUUAUUACCACAACGACAACUCAUGUUAGUAGACAGAUCAGGUGCCCAAGGUGAUCAGAGUGAGAUUAACGCGGCAGCUUCAAACAAGACAACAAGUGUGGACAAGGAGACAAGUAGCGAUGUUGUAGCUGAUCAGCAGCAGGAGCCUUUGGAAGUCCCGCCGAUGAAGAAGAGCGAUAGUGCGAAGAAGUCUGUCCCCAGAAAGAGAACUGGGAAGAAGGACCGGCACAGCAAGAUCUAUACAGCACAAGGUCCAAGAGACCGGAGAAUGAGAUUGUCCCUCCAAAUUGCCCGUAAGUUCUUUGAUCUCCAGGACAUAUUGGGCUUUGAUAAGGCAAGCAAAACCAUAGAAUGGCUCUUCACCAAGUCCAAAGCAGCAAUCAAGGAACUCACCGGAAAUCUUCCACAAAUAAAGCACAUUGGUGGUGGUGGCACUAGUGGUGGAACGAGUGCAUCCUCUAUUUCCGAAAGCAAAGGAACAUCGAGAUUGAAGGAGAUCGCCCACAAUGGAGAGCCCAAGGGCAUUGUGACAAAUGGUGAAUCUUCAGUACUGACUACUCAAGAGAAAAAGAACAGAAAACCUCGUAGUAAAUCAGCACUUAAUCCUCUUGCAAAGGAAUCUCGCGAGAAAGCAAGGGCAAGGGCAAGGGAAAGAACAAGAGAAAAAAUGAUUAUGAGAAGUCUCGAAAAGUCGAAACAAUGUUCUGAAGCAAACCCUAAUAAUUUGGAACAGUUAGUCCCUUCCAGUCCACUCGAAACUGGUGAAGCAUCGGGUUCUCGCAGCCAAGAAAUGAGUGCUUCCCUCGAAGUGGUGGCUGAAGUAGAAGAACCCAGCACCCACUCGCUGGAACAUCAAAUGGCUACUGUGGGCAUCAUUGAGAAAUUUUUGGGCAUUCCAAGCUCUUCAACAUCAUCUUCCAUUUUCAAUUAUUCCCCCAACAUUGCAGUAUCAAGUGGGGUAAACUCCAACAAUUUUCCAUGUUUUCCUGGAAAUUGGGACAUAGACGAUAGUAGAAUUCAUUCCGGUUACUCUGCAAUGACAAACAUGGGUCCAUCCACAGAUAAGCGCAACAAGAAGUACCCACUCAAAGAUUCCUGGAGGUUUCACAGCCUCGCAGGCUAGAUGAGCAUCAGAAGCACUCGAUCCCAUCAUCUGUGAUGUAGGUGCGCAACAAGGAUGUCAGUGGCGAGAUGUGCUUCCAGAGGAACCCAAAGGAGAGAAGAUUCCUGAGGCAAAAACAUGUACACAAAAGGAAACCACGCUAAUCAAGCAUGAAAAACAAAGAGAGAAAUUAGCAGAUUUCAGGUAAGAGGUUCUGACUAUGUUGAUUAUCUUAAGGUUAUAAUUGAUUUAUUCUUUAGCAGUUUGUAGUCGCUGGCACUAAGCAUUGUGAUGAUGUUCUUUAGAUAAACAAUUUACCUGCUAAAGCAUACUUCAAAAAAUUUCAAAAGUAUUUGAGGACACUAUCCAAAUGUUCUAGCAAAAGUAUAACCUCUUCUAGGAAAUUAAGUUUCGGAAGAAAUUGCUAUGAAUAUUACUGAUUAAGAAACUCCCAUGGGUUCUGUAAAAAGCCCUUUAUGUGCAAUCAGUGUGAUUGGAGGGCUCUGCAUGGAUUUUAAAUCUGCAAAAACGUUCAAUGUUAUGCAAGUUAUAAUAUCUACCCUCUUGCUGUUCUAACAUAAUGAUCCAGGAUUAAUUGAUUGAUUAGUCAUACAAAUUUGAUAAGGAUUGUUGUGAGAAUCGUUUUGAUUAGUCUCUCUCUCUCUCCCCCAUUUCACACUUUUCAUAAAAACCUUUGCCCCCAUUCCAUCUAAGAAAUUAUCAAUAAAGUAAGUAUGUCUCAAGUGAAGAGUACCUAAGACCAACCAUAUGAUUGUUCACCAAGAAAAAGAGGAUAAAGAUGAUUUGGCAUCAGUCAAUGUGAGCUCUACUAUGAAGUAGAUUGUUAUGAACCCU